AUGCCGACACCGGCCCUCCGGGCUUGGAACAGCUCCAUAGAGGAGCCCGAGUGGGUUGAAGACCCCUUUGGCCAUCUUCCGGAGACGGAGCGCCUUCCAGAGCUGGAGAGGCAGUUCGUUUUAUUGCGGCAGCAGCUGCAGCUGGGUCUGCAGCACGUCCAUGCGCGCUUGGAGGUCCUGGAGGCACAGACGGCUCUCGGCGCUCACGCUUGCAAGGUGCAUCCCGGUGACGGCGCCAAGGUCGACCAGGAAAUCCUUCCCCCCGAGCUACCGACCCUCAACGAGGGGUCUCCGAAUGCCGGCGCCCUGAAUCAGCCUGCGGAGGUGCUUGACAUCCACCUUAGCGAGGCUGGGGUCAAGUCCACUCGGAGCAGGACCCCGAAGGUCCAGGAGUUUACCGAAGUGUCCUUCGAGGAGAGCGCGUGGAGUAUCCCCCUCCUCGCCGGCCUGAUUGACAUAAGUAUCUUUGAGACAAUGUUCGCCGCUACCCUGGUUCUUCUCAACCUCGGUAUGCAGACGGCCUUCUCCAUCAUUCUGCUGACCCCUGCCUUCAUGGGUGAAGACUUUGAGAGCAAGGUCGACGGUGCAAAAGCUUGGCGGACUGGUGUUGCGCACGACUCCAGAUACAUGGACUUGGCUGGCACAAGCUUGGUUACUCGGGUGUGCAAUGGAGAUGGAAGCGUGAUUCUUUCCACCGUGCAAGCCACGUUGGUUGAACACGUCAACAGCUUCCUUGGCAUGGACAAGGCGCAGUUCGACCUUCCCGCCUUCCAGCCGGGCGUUCUCUUAUGCAUGCUGUGCAUCGUCUUGUGGACGCUGUGCGUCAACAAGGAGUUCCGACAGAUCUGGGUGCAGCUCGAAGCGGCGUUUGGGAUUCCCAAGGCGCAGUGCACCUCUUUCGGCGACAACGCCUUCACCACGAUCUCAUGGGGUCGCUUUGGCCUGCUUCUUCUGACCUAUGCCUGCCGGACGGCAAUUGCAUCUGUGCUGCUGGUGGCGGGAAUUCUGUGGCUCUCCCGGACAACCUCCAUCUCUGAGCUGAUGCUGAACGCUGUGGCCCUCAACGCUAUCUUGGAUGUGGAUGAGUUUCUAUUUGUGGGCAUGACGCCGAUCAAGAUUCAGCAGGCCAUUCAGAACCUAGAGCCCAUGAAGGCAAAAUACAGCCGCCGCCGGAGUGAGUGCGAAUCCAUGGUGCACUUCUCUUCCCUGUUGGCUCUGGUGCUGGUCACCUAUCUGCUUUUGCUGGGGCCUCUGACGGACGAUAUGCUCAGCCUGAAGCAGGAGCUGUGCGGUGGCGACCAAGCCUUCGUUAUCGGGUUUAACGCUGAUACACAGAUCACACAUGCAUUGGUCACCCCGAAUGCUUGGGAGAUCGCUGGGCGGAACCUGACUCUCAGUGAGCUGGCAGUGGAAGCGCACAAAGCCACCUCACCAGAGACCACACCUGGGCCAGGGCGGACCCUGAUUAUUGCGUCCACGGACAAGAGUGGCUUCGAAGCUGACACCUCCCGAGGUAUCGACGAGGAGGGCGCCAGGAUACCCUUCUGCAUUGAGCCCUUGAUUCUGAAUGAGGAUGGCCCGUACCACAACGACACCGUCAUGAGGCGCUGGACCUCUGCUCUCUUGAGGACUUCCGCAGCCAGUGUGGGGCUCCACGACGCGCGAAGCUGCAGGGAGUUGCGUGGCAUGUGCGACGCGGUCGAAAGUCGCCUGCUGCGACUGGUGUGUGGUGAGACGUGCGGGUGCACGGACCCUUACAGCAACUCCUGGUUCAAGGUGCCUGUUCAGGGAUGUACCCCAGCAUGCCUCGGGGUGGCUGAGUCGACUUUGAGCGCGCAGGGCGCAUGUCAGGACGUACCCAAUGACGACACUUGGCAGUCCUUCUGGCGUACUUAUCCCGAUGCUGUAUCAUACUUCUACAGCACGGAUGUGACAACGCUGCUACUCUGGGCUGCGGCCAACCAAACUAUCCAGGCAAUGCUUCAAGAUGGCUGCGGAGCCCUUGUGCGCUUUCCGACAGACCCCUUAACUGACGCCAACUGGUGUGCUGGAAUGCCGCAGCUGUUUCGGCCACUUGCCAAGGUGUGCCCACAGAGUUGCGGAUGUGAUCAGGCAUCAGAGCUGCCGAGCUUCUGCCCUUCCACUUGCUUGAUGUCUGGCAACUCCUCGUCUGCAUCGUGA